AUGGCCUUCUUCCAGCAGACCGCCGAUUUUGUCACUGACUCGGCCGUCAAUCUUAACACGCAGCGGCCGUUCCUGGCGGUUGUCGGAGCCUCGGUCGCGUUGGGGCUGGUCCUCGGAUCCUUGUGGCCGUUCCAACACACGCCUCAAGCAAAGAUCAUAGCAUCGCCUUUGAAAGGCCUCAAAACACCGCUAUCCGAUGAGGACAAGACGUCGCUCGUGAUUCCGCUAGAUGUUCUACCCGGUGCGCGAGAUGUUUCGACCCCUUACGGCUCGAUCCGCGUCUAUGAAUGGGGGCCCGAGAAUGGACGCAAAGUCCUUCUCAUCCACGGCAUCUCAACUCCAUGUCUCUCCCUAGGAGGUCUUGCGCAUGCUUUGGUAGAUAGAGGCUGCCGUGUCAUAAUUUUUGAUCUCUUUGGACGCGGCUAUUCAGAUACGCCUGCCGACAUCCCACAGGAUGAUCGAUUAUUCACGACCCAGAUUCUCCUUGCCCUGGCAUCGUCGCCGCUGUCCUGGACCGGGGCUUCCUCGGGUCAAUUCUCCCUAGUUGGGUAUUCAUUGGGAGGGGGUAUUGCGGCCGCCUUCGCAUCGCACUUUCCGAAUUUAAUUUCUUCUCUCGUGCUUCUGGCACCAUCCGGACUGCUUCGAGACUCUCACAUAAGCUAUCAGACUCGGGUAUUGUACGCUAAAGGAGCGCUCCCUGAAGCGCUUGUUAGCAGCCUAGUCAAGGGCCGUCUAAAGGCCGGCCCUCUCAUUAAGCCAAAGCCACACGGAGCUUCAACUAAUGAGAAAGUCGGUGUCGAAGAUGCACUUACCGAGGAGCUUUCUUCAUCUCCACAGCAAGUUCUCUCGAGGGCUUACCCUUCGUUGACAACGGCAGAAGCCGUCAGUUGGCAAGUGGAUAACCAUCCAGGCUUUGUCACGGCGUUUAUAUCGAGCAUUAGAAAUGGCCCUAUUCCUCAAGAGACCCAGCUCGAGAACUGGAAGCGGCUAGGAGCGUACCUUACCCUACAGAAGCAACAAAGAGAUGCUACUAGUCUUUCCCAUGACAAAGUUUUGAUAGUCCUCGGCGAAAUAGACAAUGUCAUCUCCAAGAAUGACUUUGUUGAAGACGCAACUAUGGCUUUAGAAGGGAAUGCUCAGUUUGAGUAUUUUAGCAUCGGACACGAGUUUCCUAGUGUCAAAUAUGAUGAGCUGGCAUCCAAGCUCGUCGGAUUCUGGAACUGA